AUGGCCAAACUGCAGAAGGAAAUCGUGACGCGAGAGGAACCGGCUGACCUGGCGGACCUCCAAGAUGGCAAUGACCACGCCCUGAUCCUGCACGAUCUCGACCAGUUGCAGGCCCUGACAGGCAUCAUGGCGCUCGCGGAGCGCCUGAUGAGCAAUGAGGAGCAGCUGGAGAACUUAGUGCUGGCCUAUAAGCUCUUGGGAGAUCGAGAGGGGCUUCUGCCAGAUCGCUGGGCCGGCCAUGCGGCUUGCUUUGUUGGCGUGCUUUGUCCUGUGAAUGAUGGCCUUGGACGCCCUUCCUGGGGACAAGUCCAUGGCGCCCAUGGCCCAGGAGGUACGCAGUGGGCCUUGAUCACCUAUUCCACGGCCACAGAGGCAAAGCGCGCGACAGAAGCCGCACACAAGAUUUUGAAGCUCACAGGCGCUGCCAAACCUUGCGAGGUGACCCUGGCACGAAAUCAAGGUCGCGGAAGCUAUAGCGAGGGUGGCAGUGGCCAUGGUGGCCGUUGGGGCCGUUCAGCGACAGCACUCCCGUUGAUGGCCUAUGUGCAUGUGCAUGGAAAUUCAUGGCCGCCGCCCCGCGGGUCCAGCUCCUGCCCAUGA